AUGGCACCUGAUAGAGGUAAAGCGACAAAGCCCAGCUCCUCCAGGGCUUGGGAUGCGCUCACUCCUGCGCUGUCCGAAUGGAUCCUCACCGCAACUGCCGCCAUGGGUUUCGAUCGCAUGACGCCAGUCCAAGCAUCAACUAUUCCACUGUUCAUGGCACACAAGGAUGUGGUGGUUGAGGCGGUAACAGGCAGCGGCAAGACCUUGUCGUUUCUCAUUCCCAUUGUUGAGCGGCUGCUCAGACUGGACGAGCCUACGAAGAAACAUCACGUGGGCGCCAUCAUUCUCUCGCCUACCCGUGAGCUAGCAACGCAGAUUCAUCAGGUCUUGCUCUCGCUCCUCAAAUUUCAUGGACCGUCAGCAGCUGCACUGCGGUCUCUCCACCGAGAGGAAGUUGAGGAGGCCGAGGAUCACCAAGACAUGCAAACAUACCCCCCAGGAACGCUCAAGAUACUGCCUCAGUUGCUUCUAGGUGGGUCAAGGACGGCUGCUCAAGAUCUCAGCACAUUUCUCAAGGCUUCGCCUAAUUUACUUGUUUCGACGCCAGGGCGACUGCUUGAGAUACUCUCAUCGCCUUACGUGCACUGUCCGCAGUCUUCUUUUGAGGUACUCGUGCUGGAUGAGGCCGAUCGCCUUCUAGACCUGGGCUUCAAGGAUGAUUUAACUAAGAUUCUCGGCUUUCUACCGAAGCAGCGGCGAACUGGCCUCUUCAGUGCAAGCGUUUCAGAAGCAGUAGACCAACUCAUCAGAGUAGGUCUGCGUAAUCCUGUGCGUAUUGCUGUGCGAGUGAAAGGUGCCGACGGCGUACAAGACAAGAGAACACCCGCGAGUUUGAGAAUGACAUAUGCAUUGGCAAAACCAUCUCACAAGCUGCCAAUGUUGGCCAAGCUCCUACGACAGCUUGAACCCACGCCACUCAGAGUCAUUGUCUAUCUUUCGACGUGUGCAGCCGUUGACUACUUCCAGAGCUUAGUGCCGUCGACACUACCCCAUGGCAUGGUAUUGGUCCCGCUACAUGGGAAGCACCCCGCCAAUGUUCGACAGAAAAAUUUCUCCAAAUUCGCCAAUUCUGCGUCACCUGCGGUGCUUCUCACUACGGACGUGGCUGCCCGAGGCCUUGAUAUCCCAUCAGUUGAUUUGGUUGUGCAAAUCGACCCUCCCUCGGACCCAAAGGUGUUUCUGCAUCGAUGCGGCCGUGCAGGCAGAGCGGGUCGAAGAGGCUUAAGUGUGGUCCUCUUGCAACCCGGUCGUGAGGAGGAUUAUGCGUCGUUUCUUGAGGUGCGCAAAACUCCUAUCGAGGAACUUGAAAUGCCCGAGAUAUCAGUCUCGGAUGAUGAAGCAGACCAGAUCAGGCAAGCCUACAUUGACAUCGUCCUUCAAGACAGGGCGCUACAUGACAAAGCUCAGAAGGCAUUUGUGAGCUGGGUCCGAAGUUACUCCAAGCACCAGGCUUCGUCUAUUUUCAGAGUGGCCGAUCUCGAUUGGGCCGAUCUCGCGAGAGGCUGGGCACUGCUGAAACUCCCCAAAAUGCCCGAACUCAAGAAUUACGACAAAACUGCAUUUGUUGCACGAGAGGUCAACUGGGAAUCAUAUGAGUACAAAGACAAGCAAAGAGAAAAGCACAGAAAAGUGGCUGUUGCUUCAGGGGCGGACCGACCAAAGCUACCCAGCAACAAACGCGGAGUCUCGGUCGCUUGGUCCCAGAACCUCGAACGUAAGGUCGGCAAAGAGGUUAAGCGAUCCAAGAAGCAAGCCAAACGCGAACAUGAACGAGUCGCAAACAUGUCCGAAACAGAGAGGGCACGGGAAGCGGAGACUCAGAACAUGAUCGAGCAGAUCCGGCGGCAGCAGCAGAUGCCACACCUGCACGACGACGUUUUCGAGGGUUUCGACUGA